AUGGAGCCACAGAUAGGGGAGGUCGGCCAGGGUGAUGACCAGAGGACCACGUCCCUAUGGGCCCUUCUGGAGCGGCCCUGCGGCUUUGGACCUGUGGAAUCAGUGGAAACGGAACAGAAGAACGCCUCUAGGUUGCCGACGAGGUUUUCACAUGGGCGACGCGUGUCCGUAGCCAGAAAGUUGAACGCCACCCUGCGAGCAGCUACCCAGACGAUCGUUGUCAGGAGGGCAGGCAGAAACGGCCAGGACGAGGAGACCGUCGUCGUCAGCGACACCAGGACGGUCUCUCCGACCGCCCGUGGAACUCAUAGACAAGACCAGCGCACAGUUCCUGAAAAGAAUACCCCUCAAACCCGUCUUAAGUCCGUGAACAGGAGAGAUGCAGAGGCUGAAUACCAGUCACGAUCACAGCAGAGGUCAAACAGGGCACGGGAGAAGAAAAGUGACAACAUCAAGAGUUGCUCCCGAAUCCCGGUGCCACUGAGGAGAAGAGGAGCACAGAGCUCGCUAGAUUGCCCGCCACCCGGGACGUACUGUGACCCCCACCUGUCGAAAACAGCGCUCAUCUACCAUGACGUGAUCGCAGGAGAAAGAGUCCUGAUAAACUACUUACCCGACGACAUCUGCAAGUGGGAGUCAACAGACGACGUGGAACUCUCGGCCUGCCAGAAGGGCGUCACCCCUAGCGACUACACAGACGACAACAACCGCAUCAUCCCGCGCUACCGUCGGCACAUGGACAAAGUGUACAGGAAAGAGCUUCGGCAAGUGGCACGUAAGCUGAGGAAGUACGUGCGUGAUAAUGGGUGA